CUGACUAUAAUGCCCUCGCUAUGGCCGGGUCUUCGUUCGCUUGGGUCGAUUUAAAGAGCCAUGGUGGAGUCCGGUGCGAAUGGUGUGGGGAUCUGAAAGGGCCGCGCCUCUUCCUGUCGAUGGCCAGCUCCAAGGUGGUUAUUGGCGGCGUAAAGGCCGCCAGAGAGGUCACCCGGCGCGACUUCCCUGGGGACUUCGUCUUCGGAUCCGCCACCUCGGCUUACCAGGUAGAAGGAGCAAGAAGAGAGGGUGGAAAAGGAGAUAGCAUUUGGGAUAUUUUUUCAGGGAAAAAAGAGAACAUAAAGGAUGGAUGUAAUGGAGACAUUGCAGUAGAUCAAUAUCAUCGUUUCAAGGAGGAUGUGGAGCUUAUGUGCAUUCUAGGGUUUGGAGCUUAUCGAUUUUCUAUAGCUUGGACUCGAAUAUUUCCUGAUGGAUUAGGAAGUAAGAUCAGUGAGGAUGGAGUUGCUUAUUAUAACAGUUUGAUCGAUUUUCUACUAGAAAAAGGUAUACAGCCUUAUGCCACACUGUAUCAUUGGGACCUUCCAAAUAUUCUGCACGAGUCUAUAGGGGGAUGGCUGUCAGAGAAUAUUGUGCAAUAUUUUGCAUUGUAUGCUGAAGUUUGUUUUGAGAAGUUUGGAGACAGGGUGAAGCACUGGAUAACAAUCAAUGAACCACGACAAACAGCUAUUAAUGGAUAUGGUUAUGGUGUUUUUGCUCCUGGAAGACAUCAAAACUCAUCUGUGGAGCCUUAUUUAGCUGCCCAUUACCAACUUUUGGCUCAUGCAGCUGCUGUUUCUGUUUACCAGAAGAAAUUUAAGGAUACUCAAGGUGGUCUAAUUGGCCUGGUAGUGGAUUGUGAGUGGGCUGAACCAUUUUCUGAUAAACUGGAAGAUAAACUUGCUGCUGAGAGAUGGCUGGACUUUCAGCUUGGAUGGUAUCUGGAUCCAAUUUACCAUGGGGAGUAUCCCUUGUCUAUGCGCGAGAGGGUUGGAGAUCAACUUCCAAAAUUUUCAGAGGCAGAUAAGGAGUUGUUGAGGAAUUCAACUGAUUUUAUUGGUCUUAAUCAUUACACCACUAAGUUUGUUCGUCAUGUAGAAAACACAGGAGGUCUUCAUUUUUAUCAAGUUCAAGAAUCACAUAUCACAGCCAUAGGGAGUGAUGGUGAAGCUGUUGGUGCAAGGGCUGCAUCAGAAUGGCUCUACAUUGUUCCAUGGGGUUUACGGAAGCUUCUUAACUAUAUAGCAAAGCGCUACCACAAUCCUUCAAUAUACAUUACUGAGAAUGGCAUGGAUCAAGAAGAAACUGAAACAGCCAGUCUUGAGGAAUUACUCGAUGACCAAAUGAGAGUUGAUUACUAUAAAACAUACCUCAGAGCAGUUGCUGAUGCAAUCAAGGAUGGUGUCGAUGUCCGGGGAUAUUUUGCAUGGUCAUUCUUGGAUAAUUUCGAAUGGGCAGAAGGAUACACCAAACGGUUUGGGAUGGUCUAUAUCGACUACAAGAAUGGUCUUACUAGGUACCCCAAAUCGAGUGCCCUUUGGUUUUCUCAUUUCUUGAAGGAUGGUGAAGAAGAUUGCGGAAAAAAGGGAGAUCAAGAGUGAGAUUUCAUGCUAUAACCUUCAUGUUUCAUUAUCCAGAGUAUACUCUAUUGUGUCUUAUGCCCAAUAAGCUAUUAUCAAGCUCAAUUAAUUUCGAUUCGGUGGAGAAAAAUAGUGAUUUAAGGCUUUUUCAUUAGUGUUGAUGAAGACUUCUGCAUGUCAAGAUGACACUUUUUUUGUUUUAA